CACAAACCAAACUCAAAACCUUCUCUCCUCAAACAAGAUCAAGUUAACUUUACGUAAGCCAUUAAUUCAGAGCUUUUUUUCUUUGUUUCUGAUACUAGAAAUGGCAUUCUUGAGGAGUCUUUUUGCUACUAAGCAAAUAAUUCGUCAGUCUCUUUCUACUGAAUCAUCAACACCCAAAGGUUUCUUAGCUGUCUACGUUGGAGAAAGUCUGAAGAAGAAGAGAUUUUUUGUUCCGGUUUAUUACUUGAGCAAACCAUCUUUCCAGGCUUUGCUGAGGAAAGCAGAAGAAGAGUUUGGCUUUGAUCAUCCAACCGGUGGUUUAAGCUUACCAUGUGAUGAAGCUUUCUUCUUCGCUCUUACUUCUCAAAUUCGUUGAGCCUACACAAUAAUCAAGCUGUUUAGGAGGAAUACACAUUGUAAAUAAACUACACUUUAAUAUUUUGAAGUCGUGGAUAUAUGUACCUAUGUAUGAAACGAGAAGAAUAAUUCAACAUAGUUAAAAAGGCAAUUCAAUAGAAUAUUGUGCUUUCGAUUAUCGUACUCUAUUUACUCCAUAUUUUAGAUGCAGUCAAAUUAUACACACGCGUUUUGUAUCAGCCAUAUUAUGCAUAUUCGUGUGAGAGGUUUAAUUCAACAAAGAGCUUAUUUUCCUAAAUGCUGAAACACUUGUAUUUAUGAAGGUUGAAAGAAUAAGAUGUAUUCUGUCUAA